AUGAGCAGUAUGUCAAAUAAAGAAAUCGAAGAUAAUGAGGAUGUAUGGAAGGAAAGAUGUAUGAAUUGUAUUCGAUGUAACGAUGAAAAGAAUUGUGGAACAUGUUGGCCGUGUCGAAAUGGAAAAACUUGUGAUAUGCGGAAAUGUUUCUCAGCGAAAAGAUUAUAUAAUGAGAAAGUAAAAAGACAAACCGACGAAAAUCUGAAGGCUAUAAUGGCAAAAACAGCACAACGAGAAGCCGCUCAUCAGGCAGCCACAACCACAGCACCAAGUGCUCCGGUGGUAAUUGAGCAACAAGUUGAAAAGAAGAAGCGAGGACGAAAGAAGGGCUCUGGGAAUGGAGGAGCUGCUGCUGCUGCACAACAACGGAAGGCUAAUAUUAUAAAUGAACGAGAUUAUGUACCGAAUAGGCCGACGAGGCAACAGUCGGCUGAUUUGAGAAGGAAACGGACACAGUUGAAUGCAGAACCCGAUAAACAUCCUCGUCAAUGUCUCAAUCCGAAUUGUAUUUACGAAUCUCGAAUCGAUAGCAAAUAUUGUUCCGAUGAGUGUGGAAAAGAGCUCGCCAGAAUGCGGCUCACUGAAAUUCUACCGAAUCGCUGUAAACAGUACUUUUUCGAGGGCCCAUCCGGUGGGCCGCGCAGUUUGGAGGACGAAAUCAAGCCGAAACGGGCUAAAAUCAAUCGAGAAGUUCAGAAAUUGACGGAAUCCGAAAAGAAUAUGAUGGCAUUUUUGAAUAAGCUCGUCGAGUUCAUAAAGACACAGUUGAAACUUCAACCGUUGGGCACAGAGGAGAGAUAUGAUGAUAAUUUGUACGAAGGCUGUAUCGUGUGUGGUCUCCCGGACAUUCCCCUCCUAAAAUACACAAAACACAUUGAGCUGUGUUGGGCUCGAAGCGAAAAGGCAAUCUCAUUCGGAGCACCGGAGAAGAAUAACGACAUGUUUUAUUGUGAAAAAUAUGAUUCGCGAACGAAUUCUUUCUGUAAACGGCUGAAAUCUCUGUGCCCAGAACAUCGAAAACUGGGCGAUGAACAGCAUUUGAAAGUGUGCGGUUAUCCGAAGAAAUGGGAAGAUGGAAUGAUUGAGACGGCGAAGACAGUUUCAGAAUUGAUUGAAAUGGAAGACCCAUUCGGUGAGGAAGGCUGUCGAACGAAGAAGGACGCGUGUCACAAGCAUCACAAAUGGAUACCAUCGUUGAGAGGAACUAUUGAGCUGGAACAAGCUUGUCUGUUUCAGAAAAUGUAUGAGCUGUGCCACGAGAUGCACAAAUUGAAUGCUCACGCCGAAUGGACAACGAAUGCUCUGUCGAUUAUGAUGCACAAACAGCCGAAUAUUAUUGAUUCCGAGCAAAUGUCCCUAUUCAACAAGUCCCAAUCCACGUCAUCAUCCGCCUCGGCUCACGGAGCAACGACACCAAUCAGCUCAACAUCAUCAUCAUCAUCAUCAUCAUCAAAAAACGAUGAUGAAAUGGAAGAUACCGCCGAAUUUCUAGCAAAUCUGGCUGUACAGAAGGAGGAGGAGACGCAGAAUAAUUAAAAUUUCCCUAUUUUUUUUAGUUUUUUCCUCAAAACUAUCAUAUUCUUUCAUUUCCGUGGAAUUUCGUAUCUUUUUUCCAAAUCUGAACAACAUUUUUUUCUGUUUGAAUAGGUGUCGUCCUGAAAUAUGGCGGAGAGAGAGAGAGUGAAGAGACGCAGACACUCUAACGACACGUUGCGUAUAUUACACGAAGCACUGGCUUUUUCAUUCGUUGUUCUUCAAAAUUUUUAUGAUUUUUAUCUUUUGAACAAAAAACUUUUAUUCCAAAAAAAAUCCUUAAAAAAUUUAAAAAAAAACACCAAAAAAA